AUUUGCAUGUGGCAAUGAAAAAAUUAAAGUUCCACUUUGGAAGCGCUUGCAUUUCUUAUUUUAUAUAAAGUACGAGGGAAAUUGUUUAAGUGUAUUAAAAAGCCAGAUUCAAGCCAAAUGUAUGCAAGAACUAGAGGAAGCCAUUAUUGUUACGAAGGAGAGUUAGACGAAAAUUUUCUAAGGAACGGCCAAGGCAUAGAGACCUUAUUUCCAAAAUCAGGAAAGGAAAGCUAUUAUGGAAAUUUUAAAAAUGACUUCUACCAUGGCAUCGGAAUUUACAAGAAUGAAAGGUUGUUUGGCUCCAAAUGGUCCUACGAAGGUGUAUUCAAUGUAAAUAAGAAACAUUGCUAUGGCAUCCUUUCAUUUGAAGACAACUCUAUCUUCCAAGGAUUGUAUAAGCACAACAUACCGUUUGGACCAGGAGUGUUGCAGGACUGUAACGGCCUAUCCAAUGUGGGAUUCUGGUAUGGGAAUGCGUUGAUUCGCCUUGUGCACGAAGUCGGAAAAAUGAACGAAUUAGGAACGACGAACAUAAACAAAAUUAAAGUUUCAAGAUUUAAAAAAUGGAUCCCAGUGUCUCCUGAAGAACAAUACUGCACACAUUUUUUAAUUAAAAAUUACAAUUUAUCAAAUAGAACAGUCGACUCCAUGUAUUCGCCACAUGCUCUCAAUACUGACAGUCCACUGUUUAAUACUUCAGAUUAUGAAAAUGCUUUUAUCGAUGAUCUUAGCAAUUUAUUCACAUUAAUUUCCAAGUUCAGUAGCACAAGUCUUAACAGUAAAAACAGCAUCAUGACUUCAAAUACAAAAUUAAGGUCAGAAAAAAAGUUGCAAUCCAUGACCGAUGAUGAGGUGAAGUUCAAAUUCAAAUUACAAAACAAAAAAGGCAAAGUUCAGACCAAAGCUGAUUUAAAAAUUAAUCCAUUGGCAAAAAGUGAGUCGUCACAAUUGAAACUUACAAUUGAGGACUCAGAAGAUAGCAUUUCAGGAUUUUUGCAUUCACAAAGUCUUGCUUCCAAAUUCAAAUCAAAAAAACCAAAGUCAACUAUACGAAAAAACAAAGAAAAUGUACAAAUAAAGAAACAAGAAACAAAAGUCUCGUCCAAGUCUAUGCGGAGGCGUAUUACAUUUAAAAAACCAGGAGAAAAAACAAGUUCAAAACGACACUUGGAUAAAUCAGAAAGUGAAGAACUAUUACAGUCAAUUGAUAAACAUACAUCAGACACAAGCAUAAGAAGUGAUCCAUCUUACAUAUUAGCUUGGAAUAAUUCUGACUUUAUGGUUGAUGUACUGAAGCAUUCAUUUUUAAACAGAAAAUACGAGAAACUCUCCCAAAUAGAAAUCGAACAUAUCCUUUGCUCGAGAAGGAAUUUUUUCUCAGAACAAGGAUUAAUUGAAAAGGCUUGCAUUGAACUGCUUACAGCCUGUUCGACUGGUGAUUUGCUAAAAGUUGCCGAUUUGAUGAACACAUACCGCCUCAAUAUCAAUGUGAGCGACAACAAAGGGAAUUCGUGUGUGCUUCGAGCAGCUGCCAAUGAUGAUACCGACAUGAUAACACUCCUCAUGAUUUUCGGUGCCGACAUCAACACCGUAAAUGACGAAGGGUUCAAUGCCUUAAACCAUUCGUUGACUCGAUAUCUGGCAAUAUUAAAUAGUGUUUCUGACUGGGGGGAAACAUUUCUUUCACCAAGUUCUUUCAGUCUUGGACACCAAGUGAAAGUGUGGAUGAAAUGCGCUAAAAAAGUGAAACAAGAUAGUAUUAUUGAAUUUAUCGAUGAACUGCAAGGGUCUGAAGUGUCCAAUCCACAACGAUAUAUUUUUCACUUCCCUUAUCCGCAUCAAGCUGUGAUCGCAACACCAGGUGACAUAAGUUCUUCAGCCGAUAAAAUCAAAAUAACCGAAAUAGAAAAGUUCAAUCAAAUAACUGAAACAAUAAAAACAAUAAUAGAGGUCGGAGCAAAUGUUAACUUAUCGCCUGUACCAUGUGGUUCAUUAAUAUUAGCUAUAUACACAGAAAACGAACAAAUUUUAGAAAUGAUCCUUAAGGCAGGAGUGGAUACAGAGCAAAGGUUGAGCCAAGAGGAAGGUGAACUGACGGCUCUUCACAUAUUAUGCUUGUUGCAACCAAAACCUGUAUUUCCCAACAUGGUGAAACGUCUUUUAGAAUAUGGAAUUAACCCAAAUACAAGGACGAAUUGUAACUUUUGGGAAAAAGAAUUGGAAUUCUUCCAUCACGGUCAAUUCAAAACAAAUUUUGAAAUAGUUGGAAUAAAUCCGAUGCACUGUCUCUGUUUACAUUCAGAUGUCCUGAAAAUAAAAAACAAAGAGAUCCUCAAACAAAUCUGUGCAAUAAUUUAUCCUUUAUCUGAGAAGGUGUUGCUUUAUGGCCAUUCGUAUUUAAGCUUGGCUGUAGCUAAAGGAAACAUAGCAGUGAUUGAAAGUUUACUGAAUCUCGACGCUGAUCCGAAUGAAAAUAUAGAUCCCAUUUGGGGAAACAUUUUGACAACAUAUCUGAAAUAUCAAGGGUCAAAAUCGACGACAGUUGCAAAACUAAUUUUGAGCCUUUUGAAGUCUGGAGGUGCCAAUCCUUUACACAUUGUACCUAUGGUGAAUAAUCCAAAUGGAAACACAAUAAACUAUGGGCUUAGACUAAUUCAGAAGCACAAUCAAACGACAAACCCGAUAGCAGACGCUACAGCAAAACAAAAUCUGAUAAUGUUCUUAGUUACACAAGGGACAGAGAACCAAAAGUCGUGGAAAAAUUCGAAUAAAGACUUUAACAAAAAAAGGAAGGGUGCAAAACAAGAUACACUGCACAAACGAAUUAUAGAACUACAGAAAUUUUCAAGAGAGAAAGUUGACAAAUACUUAAGAGGGUACAUAGUCAGAAAUCUGGUAAAUGAACUUAAAAAACAACAAUGCCCAAGUGAAAAUACAUUAAAACAGCUUAGCUGGCUUAACUGGGACACUUUUGACAAAGUUUUACUCACCAACAUAGAAAACGGUCUGGUAAAAAUUGACAUAGAUAUCAUUGAGAGAGCGCUGAACUAUGUUCCCAGGCCACUUUUACCAGAUGAGUAUGUUCCCCCAGAACAAUCACAAAUAAAAAUAACUGGCAAGAAAAGCCAAAAGAAGGUGGGUCUUAGUAAAUUCCUAGACAUCAUCCCUUCUAAGAUGUCGAUAUUUAGUAAUGAAAGUAAGAUAAGCAAGAUCAGUAAAAUGAGCAAGGCCAGUAAAAGAUCCACUUUUAAAAUCCAAAAAUCUGAAUCUAGACUCUCGAUAACCAGUGGGGCGAGCAAGAUAAGCAAGAUGAGUCAAAAGAGCCAAAGGAGCCAGAGGAGCAUCAGACACAGAGGAAAAAGAAGAUCAAGUCAAGAAUCAUUUGUAAGCACAAGAAGCGUUAGACACAGGGGAUUAAAAAGAAAAUCAAGUCAAGACUCAUUCACAAGCACAAAAAGCUUUUCAUUUAAACCAGAUAAACGUGGGAGACGACUUUCUAUAUCUGGAAGAACAAGAAGUAAAACUAGUAUUAGGACACUUGAAAAAUCUCGUCAUGGAUCAAGAAUGUCCUUCAUGCCUUCAAUGAAAGAUAGCACGAGCCAAAUGUCAGUGUUUUCACAUAGUCGGAGAAGGAGGAAGCAUGGACUUACAAAAGAGGAACAGAUAUUAGCAUUAAUUAUAAGUGAAAAGAUUCAAGCAAUUCGUGAUGAUAUCAUUCAAAGAUACCAGAACCUUAUAAGCGAAAAAUACUCAUACAGUAGAGUCAUUUCAAUCUUGUACAAAAAGGAUAAGAUAACAUGGAAUGAAAAUUUGUACCCAGAAAUUGACACAAAGGAUGAAAUAUAUAAAGUUUGUUAUACCUGCUUGAAAAGAACUGAGGAUUUGCAACUUUGUACAAAGUGCGAUCUUGUAUAUUUUUGUUCAUUAAAAUGUAACAUUAAAGAUAUUAUGAACUUUCAAUCGAAUCAUAAAUGUCUAUGUGAGUUCUAUGGUAGAGUCACCCCUGCUUACUAUAAGAUCAAAAAGGAUGGAUGUUUGAGUAGAAUAUUCACAUAUCGAGACUCAUCAGAAGAAAGAUUCACUGAGAUGAAAAAACUAUACGGAAAAGGCAAGAAGUUACAAUUGUCUAGCAAACCAUCCAACUUAUUUAAAAUAUCAAAGAUAUCUAUAAGCAAGAGAAGUAGAAAAAACGUACAUUUAAGCAGUUCAGUAAGAUCCAUGAGAGAAAGAAAAACCAGUGCUACAAGAGGAAAAACACACAAAGGAAAGAGUAAAGGGAGAUGGGGUGGGAGAGGGAAAGGGAAAGGGAAAGGGAAAGGAAAAAGAAAAGGGAAAGGAAAGGGAAAAGGAACAGGAUCAGGAAGACGUCAAAGAAGCAAGAGAAAACAUGGAUCACUAGCGAGGAAAAUGAAAAUAAAUAAAUCGACUAUAACGGCUUUAAGUUACAGAUUUGGAAAAGGAGCAAACAAAAACCUAAAAAUUCGCAUGAAAAAUCUGAAAAGAGGUGAAAAAUGGAGGAGAGGGGGCCAAUGGAGAAGGAUGAGCUCAAAUGAAGAACAGUUGCUUAUGAGAGGAAUAAUAAAACAUACCCCUAAAGAGAAAUUGGCUUGGUAUGAAAAAAAUGCAGACUUUCUGAAGAGAAAACCACUGACUGAGUACACUCCUUAUCAGCAGUUGUUGCUCGUACUGGAUAACCUGUUUGGUGAAAAAUUCGAUGUGGAAAGGUAUUCGCCCUGGGUGCUCUCACACUGCGGUGCUUUCUUUUACAAGAGCCAAAAGAAAUUCGAGCAAGGGAAUUACAGCUUAAUUUAGACAAAAAAUUCAAUAAAAAGGUUAAAAUUUCAAGUUCGAUGAUAUUUCUAUGUUAACAGAAAGACAAAUUUAAAUGUUAAGCAUUAUAAAAACUUAUCCAUGGGUGUCAAAAAACCGUAAAGGUUAAAACGGUAUGGGGACUCAUCACUGUAGGGUCUCGGGCUUGAAUCUCAGUGACACUUAAUUCAAACUCACUAAAAUAAACAUUUUUAAAAACACUGGAUGUCUGCGGUUUGAUAUGACCUCUGCUGUUACAAACCCCCUUUUAAAAAAAGAAAAAAAAUCCUGCCAUUCUUCCAGGCCAUAUGUAUGGUUUUUAUUUUUAUAUUUUUUUAAGUCAUAACUUAGUACUUAUAAUUUCAUUCUUACCUAAUUGUACGAUUCUACAGAGUCCGCCAAGGAUCAUCCUACUCUGACAAUUAUCCUCUGGGAGCAGGAGUACCUCAGGGCAGUGUACUUGGACCAAUCCUUUACCUCCUCUACACCGAAGAUAUCCCAACUUUACCCUCCACCUUUCUUGCAUCAUUUAC